AUGCCUCGUCGUCGACACGGGCGCCGUUCUUCCUCUUCGGAAUCUGAAAGCGACGAUUACUCAGAGACCGACCUCUCCAUAAUGGAGGGAGCCCGCAGACACGUUAGGAGACGAUCUAUCUCCCGUACCCGCUACGGCCCCAGCUCAACCACCUACCUAAGCCCCCACGGGCAUCUCUACGAAGACGUCCACAUCAAACGUUCAGCUUCAACCGGUGCCCGCCGCGACCGCGAGCGUCAACGGGAGAAAGAGAGAGACCGUGAGCGGGACAGAGACCACCGAGAUCGCGAGCGAAUUGACCGCAUCCAGCCCCAGCCAUCGACCGUCAUCGUCGACAUCAAGAACGACUCCCGCAACACAAGCUCCAACAAGAACCGCAAGCAGCACCGUGAGUCGGCCUCCCAUAACCUCGAAGAGAACUAUAUAGACCCCUACGAGGAAGAAAUCGAUGAGGCGGCCAUCCGCCGUCGUCAACGGUCUAGGGCACGUGCUGCUACGACUAGCGUCUCCCACUCCCGCGAUGCAUCGCCCUUCCACGCUCCUGCCCGCGACUAUGACCUCGUCAUCGACCAGCGGCUGCUGGAGAAGAACGACCAACGCCAGGACCUUGAGCUCCUACGUCAGCAGCAGGAGAUCGAGCGGCUCGAGCGGAAGCUUCAUCGCCAUCGUGACCGUAACGAGCAGACGGAGAUCCGCAUCGUGAAAGAGGAGGAGCAUGAUCGCUACGAAGAUGACAUGACUGAUAGACUACGGCGGCUGCAGCGGUACGAGGAACAGGAGCGCCUAGAGGAGGAGAAGCGCAAGGCCGAGCGUCGGUACAGGCUGCACCGGCUGGAACAGGCCGAACGCGAGGCCGCCGAGCAGGAAGAGGUGCGUCGGAAAUUGCGUCAUGAGCAGCUUGUUGAGCUGCAGAAGAAGAUCGAAGAGGAGGAGGAGAAGGAGCGGAUCAAGAAGGAGAUCCGUGAUGAGGAGGCACGCAUUGCCCUUGCCGAGCAGGAGAAGAAAGCCAAGGAGGCGAGGAUGAAGGCCGCUGCUGUGGAGGAGUGGAGGCUCCAGCAGGAGCGUGCUGCCAUUGCGGCACGGGAGGCCGCAGAGAAGCGCGAUAAGGAGUUUAAGGAGCGUCUGCGUCUUGAGUUCGGGAUGACGCCGGAGGAGUUUGCAGACUUCAUGAAGAAAAAGGACAAGCAGGAGGAGAAGAAGGAAGAAAAGAAAGAGGAGAAGAAGCAAGAAAAGAAGGAAGAGAAAAAGGAGGAGAAGAAGGAGGAGAAGAAGAAGGAGAUCAAGGAAAUAGUCGACCACAGGUCUGCUUGGAUCAAGGUCAAUCGGAAAUAUCUCCUCCCCGAAACUCUAGACGCAUUCCGCCUCCCCUGGAAGUGGGACGAGGACGACGGCAACUUCCUCGUGAUCAUGACCUGGAUCGACGAAGACCUGCAAGACGAACUCUUCGCGCACACACGCCGCAUCCGCGAGCGCCACGCCCACGAGCGUGAGCGCUCCGAACGCAAGAUGAUCACCGAGACCUCCAACACGCUGACCGAGCUCCGCAUCAACGACCGCGAUAAGGACCGCAUGUACCUCGUGCGCAAGAAGAGUCCCGGCCGGAAAAGGCUUUUCUUCACGGGGAUUUAA